UUAGGUUUCGUCGGCAAAUCAGUUUCGCUACGGAUUCUGCACGAAGCGGACGCGUUUUAUCGGUGUUACCCUGAAAACAUGUGUGAAAGAUCCCCGGCAAAGGGAAAGUCGUAUUCAAGUGUAAUGUGAUCGAUGGAAAAUAGAAGCACCAGACUCAACGUGAUCGUAACAUUAAAGUCGAGCUAAAAAAUAUAGGUCCACUUGCAUAUAAAAUUUAAAAAAUAACAUAACUUGUGUGGUGAAAACAAUUUAAGGGACUUAUAAAAUGAUUUUUACCAAAAUGGCGUUGCUUACAAACAGAACAUAUUAAGUAAAUGCCAGAAGGAAAUAAUCCUGUGAAAAAAAUCUAAAAUGUGGUAAUUGCCACAAGCCAAAAACUGCGAUAACAAAACCGUGUGAAAAACUCCGAACAAAAGCGAAAACACAAACAAACCCCGCGGCGUUUUAAAAACCAGUCCGCGGCAGUGAGGUGGUAAAAACUGAGCCAGUAGAUCCGAGAGAAUGCACUUUGGCCAGGAGGCGAGGCCAUCAUUGGGGCUCCUGGCUGUGGCUGAGUCGACCGCAACGGCAAGUUGAUGUUGCCCCCGUCCUGGCAUCUAAUUGGGGCCCUCCUAGUGCUCGCGGCAACAGCGGGGGACUCCACCAACAAGAUCAUCUUGCCGCAGAUUCUAAACGGUGGCGGCGGCGGCGGGGGCGUCGGAACUGCCCAGGGCAAACAUCCGUCUGGAACCAAGACGGUGGCGACUGGAUUGGUUCCAAACUUCGGAGGAGCAGCUGGCAAUGGAGCGGGCGGAGGAGGACCUGUGCCUGGCAGCGGAACCGGAAGCACCGUGGUCGGCAGCAAUGGCGUGAUUGUGGCCGGAGGCGGGGCCAAUGUGCCGACCUCGAAUUUAAACAUUGUCGUCGAAGAACCCGAAUUUACUGAAUACAUCGAAAACGUAACUGUACCUGCUGGACGUAAUGUUAAACUCGGUUGCUCCGUGAAAAAUCUGGGCUCAUAUAAGGUCGCCUGGAUGCACUUCGAGCAGUCCGCCAUCCUGACCGUUCACAAUCACGUGAUCACGCGCAAUCCGCGCAUCAGUGUCACGCACGACAAGCACGACAGGCACCGCACGUGGUAUUUGCACAUAAACAACGUGCACGAGGAGGACCGGGGUCGAUAUAUGUGCCAGAUCAAUACGGUGACGGCCAAAACGCAGUUUGGCUACCUGAACGUUGUCGUUCCCCCCAACAUCGACGACUCGCUGAGCUCCAGCGAUGUGAUUGUGCGGGAGGGAGCCAACAUUUCGCUGAGAUGCCGGGCCAGCGGUAGUCCCAGACCCAUUAUCAAAUGGAAACGCGACGAUAACUCCCGCAUAGCCAUCAAUAAGAAUCACAUAGUGAACGAAUGGGAGGGCGACACCCUCGAGAUAACUCGCAUUUCCCGACUGGACAUGGGCGCCUAUCUGUGCAUCGCCUCCAAUGGGGUUCCACCCACGGUUUCCAAGCGCAUCAAAGUCAGCGUGGACUUUCCCCCAAUGCUGCUUAUACCCCAUCAGUUGGUUGGUGCUCCAGAAGGUUUCAACGUCACCAUCGAAUGCUUCACAGAGGCACAUCCCACGUCUCUGAACUAUUGGACACGUGGCGAGGGACCAAUCAUACACGAUUCCCACAAGUACAAAGUGGAAGCCACAGUCGGAUUGCCAGCUUAUAAAACCCAUAUGAAGUUAACCAUCAUCAAUGUGAGCAGUGGCGAUGAUGGUAUUUACAAAUGUGUGGCCAAGAAUCCGAGAGGGGAAACGGAUGGCAUCAUACGACUGUACGUUUCAUAUCCUCCAACCACUGCCUCAUCGGGUAUAUACUCCACGGAUUCGCAUUGGGGGGAAAAUGGGAUCAACAAUAAUUAUGCGUAUGGUGGCCCCGACUCCACGCGAUCGAUUUAUGCGCAGGAUAAAAAUACGCGAUAUCAAUCGAAUUUGAACGAAAUCGGUUUAUCUGAACAAAAAUCCUUCCUAGAUAAGACGCAGAAUCCGUUGUUGGCCAAUGGCAACGCCAACGAGGCGGAUGCGGAAUCCAACGGGUCCCGGGGUCACAACCCUUCGAUGGCCAUUGCGUGGCUGUUCGUCGUCAUCGCGACGCUGUUGUUAACAAUCCGAUCUGCGGUUGGUUCUAGCCAUAGCCUAAGUCUAUGUUAGUUAAUGCAAACCUAGCUUAUAGUUACCAGAUUUAACUAUGUAUGGGACUAGCUGUAAGGCUUUCCGAAACACGUAACGUUAGCGAAUGGCAUUUGCGUAUGUAUGAUGUAUGUGUAAUAAACUAGACCCUAGUGUAAGAGACCCUAAUUACAAUCCGCCCUUUCCCCAUAUACAUCACAAGGUAUAUACAUAUAGACCAGGUCCGACUGAGCUCGUUAAGCAUAUGUAUAGCCAUCAGUCAUCAGCCAUCAAUCACACGCCCUUACUCGGGGGUCUAUAAACACUCAUAUGCGAAUCUAUUACUAGUAGGUAAGAUGAACCAACCAAAGGGUAAAUGCAAUUUCAUUUUGCUUUCAAUGCUGUGCUUCAAACUGAGAAAGUUUCAUAGUUAUCAUAUAAUCUACCACGGUCUAUACUUAUAGCUAUGCAUACACAUCUAUAUAUUCGUGCGUUAAACGCUGCUGACUCACACUUGCAUAUAAGAUUACAGACACUUAAUAUAUUAUUAUGCAUAUGCCUUAAGGAUUGCAAGCUGAAAUGCAAA